AUGAAGAAGAAGAAGGUGAUGAUGAUAAAGGAGAAGAAGAAGAAAAUUAUGAUGAUGAAGAAGAAGAAGAAUAUGAUGAUGAACAAGAGUGAAGAAGCAGGAGAAGAAGAAGGAGGAGAAAAGAAGAAGGCGAAGCAUAAAAAAAAAGUGGAGGAAUACUGUACCGUGUGUCGAAUCGUCUACAACGCACGUGAGCAUGCGCCUCCAAUUCUACCCCGGAUACAACAGAAGAAUAUAGCAUUGGCAGGAGGCUGGGUCAGCAUCCACUGCGAGGUUCGACACAUCUACUUCUUAACCCGCCACCUCAUCUUCUUCGAUAAUCAAACGUGGGAAGGCCACUACCAUUACUACCGCGACCCGCUGUGUCAGUUUCCCAAGUACACUGUAUCGGUCAAAGGAACCCGAACAGCAGGUGAGCCGUCGGCCAUAGUAGAGGGCGCCACAAAUUAUAAAUUUACCAGUCUCGCCAUGUACCUCACACCGCAGUGCGACAAGGAGGUCGAGCGAUUCAACUCUAAGAACGUCCAAUGCGGAAAGCGAGGCGCGUGGAAGAUCGGGCGGACCCUCGACGUUACGUCAGCAGGCGGAUGUGACGUCAUAGGAGUCAGCUUACCUCACACGGAGUUCGAACUGAUAAAGACAGUAUCAGACGCUGAGAUGGGCGUCCUACUCUUUACAGGACAACGCCCCAGCGACGGGCAAACUCCGAAUAAGGAGUCCCUGAGAGCUACAUCAUUCCAAAGUCCAUUACUAUAUUGCUCGGAUGAAAGCCCUUAUGAAGUACUAUACACUGAGAACUCUGGGAAUACAAGAUCCAGUGCCGACCCCAAAAUAAAGAUAACAAUUAGCAAUAGCAUUUUAUUGAGUGUUAUAGUACUACUUAUAACAUCAGCCGUCAGGUUGCGAUUAUUAUAGCAAAAGUAAAAACUGUACUUUAGAAAUAGUUGAUUUUUUUAAUGGCUUCCUGUUUUACUUGUAUUUGUAAAUAACAUAAAUCCACGUACAAUUUGACCUGCUAUGACGAAAGAAAAGGUUUUUAUAUUAUCUUUUUGCACAUAAUGUGUACAUGAUUGUAAAUACAAAAUGUCUUCUAAGAAUGUAUGAUUUUUUAUAUAUGUCUCGCACCUGAAAUGAUAAAAUGAAAUGAUUAAAUGGAUUCAUCAAUAUUGUUGGUUGAAUGGUGAUAUUGUAUAUAUUUGCUGGGGAAUUCGUGACGCCUAUAACCUUUGUGUUUGGUUAUGUCUGACUGAGGGUAGAUAACAAGUUUACUGUCUUUCGCACAAAACAUAUCUCAGAAAUUCAUGAUCAUAAUUUCCUUAGAUCCGCCGUAGAAAUAAUUCGUUUUUUUUUGUAGGCAAAGCUCUCACCAAAAUAAAAUCGAUAAAAAGCAGGACAGAAAUAUCAAACAUGCUUUAGACUUUAAAAUUCAUCGAAAUCGGAAUAAGUUCUGUUUGUUUAGAUUUAGCGAAGUUUCAUAAAAUUAAUGAUAUGCAUACUACGGGUGGAAUGUGUCCUGAGAUGAUGUUUACUCACUGACGAUUCAUUGUAUUAUUACAAGAGUUUGCAAAAUAAAAUUGCUCGUAUAAUCUCAUAAAAUAUGCAAAAUAUGACGCUUGUUAUUUAACCUAAUUACGAUUUUUAUCAAUCUUUUAAGGGAUGAACAACUGCUUUAUUGGAAACUAUAAAUGAAAAUGUAUGUGAUAAAGAAUCUUGGAUCUCUGACUUCAAAGGCUCUCACGUUUGCAUAUCAGCCAAUUAUGCACAUCACGGUUUGAAAUUAUGAUGAUAACAAAUGAUAGAGAACAUUUUUUAUCAUGUUUAUAGGGACAUGUUUACCAAAAAUAAUAAACAUUUUCUUUGCAUCUUAUGUUUUUCAAAUCAAAUUGAUGUCGAAAUGGUAGUUUCUUUAAAACGUAUGUUACUAGUACUUCCACAAUCGAAAAAGAGACAAUAGUUACAUUUCUGAUAUUUCUCUAUAUUUAUACUCGGGACUAUAUCGACACAUCCUAUUAUUAUUUAUUUUUCAUCUUUUUAUAAUUUAUCUCAGUUAGAUUCAUUCAGAUCACACUCGAGUAUUGAAUUAAACUAGUUUGGUCAUAACUAGCCAUGGAUAAUUUUGUUACCCAUGGUAAUCAAGGAUUUACCAGAAACGUUACCAACCCAGCCGGGGCACUUUUCUGAAGAACGUUUUCCCGACAAGUAAAUAACAGACAAUUUGCCUCGAGGGUGCGGGGGUACCAUGGCCUUUUUAGUACCCCCUCGGAUCAACGCCUGUUGUAACCCUAUAGUACCUUGUUAUAAAUAAUAUUGGGACAUCAAAGUUAUUGACACAAUUAUCAAGUUAUUUUGAUUGAUGAAAAAGAAAAUAAUUUAUCUUAGCCUAUUGCCGAUUGGAAAAACAUGAUAUAAUUUGCUGUUUUGGACGGGGUAUCAUGUAUCUAUGAUUUUCUUUGUCCAUCCAAGUUUUCACUCUAAAAUGAAGGUGAUUUUGGUAAGAUAAACAUUGACAAGCCCUCCCCCCCAAAAAAAAAGAACAGAAAAGAUUUCACUCCAAAAUGAAGAAGAGUUUUGUCAAAUCUCUACAUUUUCUCUCUUCAACCCAAUAUCCGGGGAGUGCCGCGUAUAUAGUGUAUAACCAUAACAUACGCAGCACCCCAGAAAAAUCUUGGGCGCCCCGCGUCCCAGGGCCAUGGUUAUAUUAAACUUGAUAUCAUCAUUGUCAAUGCUUUCAUCUUGUUUUCGUGAUUGCUCGUAUCUUGUUCUAUAAGAUUUCAAAUAAUUUCCAGAGUCAGAAAGAUAAACGAAUCUUAUUGAAAGUCAUUUACUUUAAUCACGUUUCGUAGUCUUUUUCCAAGCUCAGGACACUUGGAUACUUAUUUUGAAUAUUUUUGUUACUAUUUUAAAGCAUUACUUUUUGUAAUACUUCUCUGAAUUAUGUACAUAUUAAGACAAUGCAAAACAUGUUUAAAUUCUGAGGUGUUUGA